CUCGAGCUGUGGGGCAGCGUCCAGCGCUUCCCAGGCAGGGAAGCUCCGGGAAGGAGCCUGUGAAGCGGCGCCUGCCUCUCUCCCCGUGGCCCCAGGAUGGCGGACUCGGAGCGCGGCGCGGCCCCGGACUGUUCGGCCGCCUGCAGCGCGUUCUCCCGAACCCGCAAGGGAUUUUACCUUGGUCGAGACGGUGAGCGCCCCUGGGGCGGGAGGAAAGCUGGGGCUGGUCGGAUGCCUGGAGCGCCUGCGGGCCGGGUGCUGUGCUUGGUGAUCUUCAUCUGUUACUCGGCCUCGCGAGUCGCGGGCUACCUCAGCGUCCCCGUGGUGGAGAUGGUCCUGGCCGCUGUCUUCUUUGCCAUCUUCAUGUUCAAUGUCCAUCACCAGCUGCAGUUCAUCAACUGGCCCUGGACUGACUUCUUCCGGGCUCUACUGUUCUUGUCCUCUUCUUCAUCACCUCACUCAUCACCGUCAUCAGAAACACGGAUGCUCAGAGCACAGUGGGAGGGGUAGCUGGGGCUGGUGGCCACCCUCCUGG